AUGGCAGCGUCGCACGAUGACAGCGAUGCCGAGAACCUCAUCGACCGCCUCGACGAUCUCCUCGCCCAACAUCUCGACCUCCUCGACAGCUACACCACCCUACGCACCCAACUGUCCGAGCAGUUCUCCUCCGGCUUCUUCUCUCUAGCAGCCGCCAACCGUAAUGCCGCAGCUUCUCUGGGCGCUGGGAGGAGAUUCGGCUCGGACGGUUUUGACGGGCGUACGAAGGCUGGGCGUGUGGUGAAGAUCGCGGCAGAGGUGGAUAAGACCGAAGAGCAGGAAGCGAAGGAGGAGAAGACUGGAAGUAAAGCGGCCGAGGGGGCUGAAGACGUCCCAAAUGGAGGGCCAUCACUUGUAGAGCCAGAAUCACGACAGGGAAUCUCUGAGAAGACUGAGCAGUGGUUGCCGCCCGCAAAGACCACGGGAGCAGCAAGCAAGACAAUCCCAGACCAGGCGAACGCAGCAGACCUCUCUGCACGACUCUCCAGUCUAACCCUUCCCACAACCCCAGCCAACCCAACCUUCAGCAUAACACAGAUCCAACCAGGAUCCUCUACGCCGUCUGCCGAAGCUAACGACUCUCCCACAACCACCAAAUCGAAACUACCUCGCAAUCCAUUGAACUGGUACACGCCCCUCCCACCUCCAGCCCUUCGGCAGACCCAACAAACCUUCGUCUCUUCGCUUGAUACUCUCGCCGCUGUGAUCAAUGCGACUGAGGCCCUCGAUGCGCUAGACGCGAGGUGCGAAGCAUAA